UGCUUUUACGAGGACCUAGAGCAAGGAGCAAAGUUUGAUGUAGACUUUCAGGUUAUUGCUGGAGGAAACUAUGAUGUUGACUGUUUUGUGACAGAUCCACUGAAUAAUCUGCUGUAUCAAGAACGCAAAAAGCAAUAUGACAGCUUUUCCCAUACAACAACCAUGAAGGGAGUGUACAAGGUCUGCUUUAGCAAUGAGUUCUCAACCUUCUCUCACAAAACUGUUUAUCUGGACUUCAGAACUGGAGAGGAUGUCAGAUUAAUGCCUGGCAUGAACAGAGCAACAGCUCUCACACAGAUGGAGUCAGCCUGCCUGUCUGUCCAUGAGAUCCUGAAAGUGGUUUCAGACUCUCAGACUUGGUAUCGUCUUCGGGAGGCUCAGGACCGUAUCAGGGCUGAAGACCUGAGUGAACGUGUGCACUUUUGGUCCAUUGGGGAGACCAUCAUCCUGUUUGUGGUCUGUAUUGGCCAGGUGCUUAUGCUUAAGAGUUUCUUCAAUGAGAAGAAAGCCAAUGUUGCCACCAGCACAUAGACCUAGGUUUCUAGUCUGCCAUCUUCUCUCCAUUAAUCAGCUGAUUAAUCAGUCUGAUCCCCUUAAAACAAGCUUGACUGAUGCCUACAACCAACCAAAAAUUACCUCUGUCAAACAAAAUGCCUUAAUUAUAGAGUAAUGCACUAAAAUGCUAUGCAGAGUUCAAUAUCUUGUGUAGUAUAUUCAAAUUGGCCUCUAUGUACAUUACUCACAAUUGCAGUAAUGGAAAUUGACCUGCUGCACCAUUAUUCUGCCAACUCUUAAU